AUGGAUCGCAGUGUCAGCCUGGAGAACCCCUACGCCAGUGUCAACAUCCCGCGGGACCAGUUCCAGCAAAGCUUCAUCACUCGCUACCUGAAGGAUGAGCCAACUUCACCCACCAUCAUCACCAACCCCGCAGCUGUGCCCACCUAUGGCGUGGAGGAGCAGGCGGACCCCACCAGCAGCUGGAACAGCCGAACCAUUUCCACAGAGAAGUCCUGGUCCCAUCCCUACAACCCCUAUGCCAGCCUGAGGAUGCCCAACGGGGAAUCGCGUGAGUCCUUCUACACCGUCACCCUGGACAAGUCACCUAAGGGCCGGGAGCAGGAGGCCAGUGGGGCAUGCAGCUACUGCAAGUGCUGCCCCUAUUGCAAAAAAUGCUGCUGUGUUGUCUCCUAA